UGGUGUGAACACUACACGUACAUAAGGGUGCACACAUACACGUUUUAUUCCAACUCCACCUUACCCCUCUUGGUAUAAAGAGGCAUCACCAUUCUGCAUUUUCUUCAUUGCAUAACCUCUUCAUAGUCCCUUGAGAUUGACUCACUUUCAAUAGGUGGGCGUGUUUGUAACAGCAAAAUGAGCUAUGCACAUUAUCAUAUGGGCUCUGGUAGUAGAACUGCUAGGAGAAGUUUGGAGUUUGGGAAGACACAUGUGGUGAGGCCAAAAGGAAGACACCAAGCCACUAUAGUUUGGCUGCAUGGUCUUGGUGACAAUGGUUUGAGCUCAUAUCAGCUGCUGGAAUCUCUUCCACUUCCAAAUAUAAAGUGGAUUUGCCCAACUGCUCCUACCCGCCCUGUAACCAUACUUGGUGGUUUUUCUUGCACUGCAUGGUUUGAUAUGGGAGAACUUUCAGAAGAUGGUCCAGAUGAUUGGGAGGGUUUAGACGCCUCAGCAGCACAUAUUGCCAACUUGUUGUCUACAGAGCCAGCUGAUGUGAAAGUUGGAAUUGGAGGCUUCAGUAUGGGUGCUGCAGUAGCUCAAUAUUCUGCAACUUGUUUUGCCAUGGGAAGGUAUGGAAAUGGCAUCCCUUACCCUGUCAACUUAAGAGCAGUUGUUGGACUGAGUGGCUGGCUUCCAGGAUCAAGGAGCUUAAGGAACAAGAUUGAAGUGUCACAUGAAGCCAGAAGGCGAGCUGCUUCCUUACCUGUUUUCUUGAGCCAUGGAAUCAGUGAUGAUGUAGUCCUCUGCAAAUACGGAGAGAAAUCAGCUCAAUCCUUAAGUUCAGCAGGGUUUCGAUACAUUACAUUCAAAUCCUAUGAUGGGCUUGGUCAUUAUACUGUUCCUAGGGAGAUGGAUGAGGUUUCCAAUUGGCUUAACUCAAGGCUGGGGCUAGGGGGAUCCUCAUGAAUAACAUAGUAUCAGUCAAGGCAUAUAAAAUAACGAGUGACUACAUCACGAAAUGGUUCGGUGGUAUAUAUAGUAUGGUAUAGGAGGAUUAGUCUUAUGGGUUCCUUUAGUUAUGUUGGUGAGAAAUAAAGAUCUGAAUGUGUUCCCAAGUAGUUGUCUCUCUUAAUAUUAUUAUAGUACCCAGAGACAGGGUCAGCUGUACUGUUGGAAAGAUUUUGUUUUAUAUACUGUAACAAUAUAGGGAGCUAAGCUAUGUUAUUUCUUAAUUUCAAAAUGCUUUCUCCCUUUUCUUU